ACCGACUGGACUUUUUAGGCGGUUGGCGUUACCUACAAAAUACAUGUACCGUAGUUCAGCCACCGCUGCUAUUCAGCCCGCUCUUUUUUUUCUGACUACCGCUAAGACUACUACCGCCUACAGCGAUUUACUGUGCCUUUCUCUUCUCUUCCCUUCCAACCCCUCCACUUCGACAUACAAACUCUCCUGGAUCUGCACAGCACCGCCAUCAGGGACUGCGCAACCACCAUCACAUAAAAUCUUCAUCGCAUUUCUUGGACGCGCAGACGGUCGCCUUGCAUCGUCUCCAUCGUCCGCCUGGGAUCUUUUGAUUCUUUCUCCUCUCCCUCGAUCCGAGAUCGAUCUCCCACCACCCCCUUAGAUACCACAUACUCUCAUCACAAUGGCCUUGAAGCGCAUCAACAAGGAGCUUAAGGACCUCGGCACCGACCCGCCAUCCUCCUGCUCUGCCGGCCCUGUCGGCGAAGAUCUGUUCCACUGGCAAGCUACUAUUAUGGGACCCGGUGAUUCACCAUACUCAGGAGGCGUCUUCUUCCUGAAGAUUCAGUUCCCCACUGACUACCCCUUCAAACCUCCGAAAGUCAACUUCUCUACCAGAAUCUACCACCCCAACAUCAACAGCAACGGCAGCAUCUGUCUCGACAUUCUGAGAGACCAGUGGAGCCCUGCUCUGACCAUUUCUAAAGUUCUGCUAUCUAUCUGCUCUAUGCUCACAGACCCGAACCCCGAUGAUCCGCUCGUGCCCGAGAUUGCGCACGUGUACAAGACCGACCGGCCCCGAUACGAGGCCACCGCUCGGGAGUGGACCCGCAAGUACGCCGUCUAGGCAAGAUCAAACGGUUUCUUUUGGGGGGUUUGAUGGCGCUGGGUGUUUGACGUCCUCUAUCACGAAAUGACGGUGCGGCAUGUUUGGCGACCCUUUUGCGUUGUAACCGGUCGAGUGGGAUGGUAGUGGGAAGCGGACAGACCAAGCUUUUCUCUUUACUAUUCUAUCAUUCCUUCAAGCACACUGGGUGAAUGAUGUCAGGGGAGCCGCAUGGCCGGCGGACAGGUGGCAGACUAGACAGAUAUAUCCGCUAUUCUAAGGGCUUAUGCGGCUGGUUAACUUUGGGUUUGCAUCAAUACCGCGUUAUUUGCAUCCAGAAACAGGCAUCUGAUUAAUUACGUCUCUUAAGAAUGUUUUCACUUGG